AUGUCAGGAAAUGGGACUUACUCGUUCGACCCUUCACGGCUCACAAAAGCUGCCGCUGCAGAGUUCUCGUCGUCUGCCUCUGAAGAAGAGGAUGACUACCGCAUACCAGGCUUGACGGCUGAUGACGACGAUUUCGGCGAUUUUAACCCGAGAAAGAAGCGACGACUUGGGAAGAACAACAAGGAGAAGGCGGCGCUCGGCAUCUUUGGUUCUGAUAGCGAGGAAGAUGGCCCAGGGUCGAGAUGGAAACGAAAGUCUCUGCGGAAUAAAGGCAUGACAUUUGUUUCCACGGCCUCGAAAGAAAAUAAGUCGGAUGAUGAAAUGGAAUCCGAGGAACACAGGCCCGUGUUGGGUCACCUGAAGAACAAUGGCCAAGGUACCGACGGCGAAGGCCAGAGUGAGCACGAUGAAGAGGAAGAAGACGACGAAGACGAUAAUGAUCGUGACGAUAGUACAAGGGCUGGUAUUGGCUUGGGAUUUGGUGAAGGACUAGACUCUACAUUUCAACGAGCCGCACAGAGUCAAGUCCAAAGCGCUGACAAAUCUCGCAUUCCAAAAGUGAAGUCCAAGUUUAAAGGUGGCAGCGUACUUGGAAUGGGGUUCGUACCAUCGUCCACGAACGAGCCAGUGCUGAAGGAGACAGCUGUGGCUCAAGAACCACCCCAAAAUAAACCACAACACAGCGCCUUCACGAGUAAAGGCAAGAUCAAUGCCAAGGGCUUCGGAGCGCGGAUGAUGGCUAAAAUGGGUUAUGUUGAGGGUAAAGGUCUUGGUAAAGAAGGACAAGGACGAAACAUUAUCAUUGAGGCGAAUCUGCGGCCACAGGGCAUCGGUUUGGGAGCCGUCAAAGAAAAGUCUGAACACGAACGUCGGGAAGAAAAGCGGCAAGCAGAACUACGGGGCGAAACUGUGAUUGACUCAGAUGAAGAGGAAAAGAAGCGCAAGAAGGCGAAAAAGAAGGCUCUCGGUGGCCUAGGUGGCAGCGGCGCUAGUACUCCACGACGGCAGAAGACGAAAUAUUUGACAGCUGAGGAAUUGAAGGCUUCAGCGCCGGGUUUACAAAUUCCUGAUGCAUUCACGCCGAUUUUGGAUAUGACUGGACCUGGGAACAAGAUAAUCACAUCGACAAACGGCAUCAUGACACCGAAUUCUGGAGUGUCUGAGUCAACCGAGCUGAUAGAAGCAAGGAAAUUGGUCAAACGAGCACAAGCGGACCUUCAGGCAUUCUCUGAAGAGUGGAGAAAUCUUGAAGAACGAAAGGCCUGGGUCAAUGUCGAGUUGAAUGAGAGAGAGCAAGAAAUGGAAGAUCUACGGUCCGACUUUGAGAAGCUUCAAACUUUCUCAAACAUGGUUGCUGAGCAGCUCACCACGGAUUCGAAUUGGGACCAAGUCAUCAGCUGUUUGCAGAAAGCAGCCGAAAUUGGUGCCGUCAACGCUGACGCAGCAGAUAUUGCCGUAGCUGCUAUUUAUCCCUUUUUCAGAGAUGCUGAAUGGGAUCCUCUUGUCGACCCAUCCAAAUUUACAGCUGAUCUCAAGGGACUGUCGGCUUUGCUCAUAAAACCAGAAAACGAGGGACAAUCUGUUGAUAAAUGGCACUUGAACCGUAUGCAACAGGAAGGGAUCUAUCGAAGACACCAGAAAGCCACAACGCCAUAUGAAAGCAUGAUGUACAAGAACUGGCUUCCGCGGGUUGUCGCCGCGGUACGCGAAUGGGACCCGUUGACCCCGAGCCCCAUGCUUGACGUGGUUGAGACCUGGAAUGACCUACUGCCCCCUUUUGUACGAGCUCAGGUCAUGGAUCACGUAGCACGGAAGCUGGAAACAGCAGUCUCGGACUGGAACCCCAAGAAGAAGCGUCAAAGUCAUCAUCUUCCGCAUACUUGGCUGUUCCCAUGGCUACAGCAUCUUCCCCCCUACCACCUGGAUCCCAAGGGCACUGGCCUCGUGGCAGACGUCAAGAGGAAGUUCCGGCAACUCAUUGAUGUAUGGGAGUUUGAGCGCGGAACAGUGCCCGGCUUGAAGCAAUGGGAAGAUGUUUUAGGCAGUCAGUGGCGACCGCUCAUCAUGUCCCAUGUGCUACCAUCGAUGGGCCGAUACCUGCGGACCAAUUUUCGUGUGGACCCUGCGGACCAAGAGCUCUAUCUGCCUAUCCUCACGGGCGUGAUGCGAUGGAACCGCAUGCUUGGUGACGCCAUCAUUGCCGAGGUGCUUGUACAAGACGUCUUACCUAUGUGGUACGACAAAUUGCAGGAGUGGUUGGCUCUUGGCGAGGCAGACCUUCAAGAAGUAGCCGAAUGGUAUAGUUGGUGGCGUGGUGUGUUGCUGAAGGACAUGGUCAAUGUUAAGACGGUCAGGGCUGAAUUGGAUAAAGGGAUGCAAAUCAUGAAUAUCGUGUAA